AUCUUUUUGAUCAUUACCAUGCCAAAUCGGUCCAGAUAGCCGGCCGGUUCCUCUCCAGGUUGUCACUGGGAUUUCUUUUUGUUGGUAGCUACAAAAAGGGUUUGCCCACCCGUUUCCACAUGGGUUUGAGCAAGCCACAACCCCCUUCCCCCAACUCUCGGGGCGACGUUGAGUGAGCUUCGAUGCUCCUUGCAGACUAGAUUGUUGCCGCUUGUAGUGCCUCUCUGGCCUGGCAAACUUUGUCUUGCUGAUUGCUCCGGGUUUGCUCCGGCAAUCUUUCUUUGCGCCCGCCCGGAUCCGCUCCACGAUCUAGUCGCGUGCUCCCUUCUCCGGCAAACGGCAAACAGCAAACGACCGAAAACCGCGCCGUCUGUCACCAUGGGGUGGACUCACAAGGCAAACCAGGCCGUCGCCAAAUCGGCGGUGGGCCGCUGGUUCAAGCUCGAUGGCUCCGGUCACCCAAAAGAGCGCAAGGGCUCAUACUUCUUCACCGAGAUGCGCGCCGGCCUUGCUACCUUCUUCGCCAUGUCGUACAUCAUUGCUGUCAAUGCCUCAAUCGUGAGCGAUUCCGGCGGCACCUGCGUCUGCAAUAGCACUCCGUCGGACCCUAUAUGUUUAAACAACCAGGAAUAUGCUAUCUGCAAGAACGAGAUCAAGCGUGACCUGAUCACGGCCACGGCCGCCAUCUCGGCUCUGGGGACCUUCUUCAUGGGCCUGCUCGCGAACCUCCCCGUCGGCAUCGCGCCCGGUAUGGGGCUCAACGCCUACUUCGCCUUUACCGUCGUCGGCUUCCACGGCACCGGCACCGUGCCCUACAGCGUGGCCGUGACCGCCAUCUUUGUCGAGGGCUUCAUAUUCUUCGCCCUGGCCCUGCUCGGCAUGCGCCAGUGGCUGGCCCGCGCGAUCCCUCGCUCCAUCAAGCUCGCCACCAGCGUUGGCAUCGGGCUCUUCCUGACCCUGAUCGGCCUGACCUACGGGCAGGGCAUCGGCCUCAUCGUCGGCGGCGUCUCCACGCCCCUCGAGCUCGCGGGCUGCAAGGCGAGCGACCGCAAGGUUGCCGCCAACGGCGACCUGCUCGGCUGCCCGGACUACGCCAAGAUGCGCAAUCCGACCAUGUGGAUCGGCAUCUUCUGCGGCGGAAUCUUCACCGUCUUCCUGAUGAUGUACCGCGUUAAAGGCGCCAUCAUCGCAGGCAUCAUCCUCGUGUCCGUCAUCUCGUGGCCCCGCGGCACCGAGGUUACCUACUUCCCCUACACGCCCGUGGGCGACAACAACUUUGAGUUCUUCCGCAAAGUUGUCGACUUCCACCCCAUCUCGCGCGUCCUCAACGUCCAGGAAUGGAGCAUUUCCCAGUACAGUGGACAGUUCGGGCUGGCCUUGAUCACGUUUCUCUACGUAGAUAUCCUGGACUGCACCGGCACGCUCUACGCCAUGGCCAAACACGCCGACCUUAUGGACCCCGUGACCCAGGACUUUGAAGGCUCCACGGCCGCCUACAUGGUCGACUCGAUCUCCAUCUCCAUCGGCGCCCUGUUGGGAACCCCACCCGUCACGGCCUUCAUCGAGUCCGGUGCCGGCAUCUCUGAGGGCGGUAAGACCGGCCUCACUGCCAUGUUCACCGGCCUGUGCUUCUUCAUCUCCAUCUUCUUUGCGCCCAUCUUCGCCUCGAUCCCGCCCUGGGCCACAGGCUGCGUCCUGAUCCUGGUAGGCUCCAUGAUGAUCCGUCAAGUCAAGGAUAUCAACUGGGAGUACAUUCCCGAUGCGGUUUGCAGCUUUGUGACCUUGGCUCUGAUGCCUUUCACCUACUCCAUCGCCGACGGCCUCAUCGCCGGCGUCUGCCUGUACAUCGUCAUCAACACGUUGGUCUGGGUGGUCGAGAAGGCCUCGGGCGGCCGCAUCGUGCCGCCCAACAAGGACAAGAAGGACCCCUGGACCUGGAGGAUCCCCGGCGGCGUGCUGCCGCCCUGGCUCGUCCGCAUCACCAAGGGCAAGCGCGACUUUUGGCGCUCCGACGACCGCUCCGUCUCCGAGGCGCAGGCCGUCGGCGGCCCUGCUGCUACCACCCAGGGCGGCGGCGUCCCGCUCCAGGAGGAGCACCACUUCGACACCAAGGGAUCCGCCGACUCGCCCGAGCGGAGGGGCUCGCCGGACAAUGGGGCUCGGACCGAGCAGGGCGCCGGUGGUGUUGUGGCACCCGAGGCGCAGAAGGAGAAGUGAUCUCUUUGUUCUCGCGAGCAUUCUGCCGAUGAGCGCAUACCAACAUAUUAUAGCCUGCUUUUGAGAGAGGAUUUGACUCCAUGACAUGCGACAUGGAAAUAGAGUCUUUCGUAUCCUGGUCGGGCUGCUUUGCGCCAGUAACGGCACGAUAUUUUUUUUGUAUAGAUCAAGUUGAAGAGCUCAAUGGGAAGUCUCCCUAUUUUCCGUCCUUGGUCCCUCCCAGAUUCGGAACCAACCCGCUGCAUCAGUCACUUAUCCAUCACCUGCAGCGCCCCAAAAGUCCGGGGAAGGCCCCACAAAUCAGGACAGAGCCUCCUCUCUUGCUUAUCUCCCUUAGUUCCUAGUCCGUGCCUCUGCUUGUGCACCUCUGUCACAAAGGAGGCUAUCACCAAGGGCCGGCACACUGUUCCAGGUCUUGGCACGGAAGAUCUGCACGGGUAGCGG